CCAUCUCAUUUAAUCAUAUAUUGUUUUUCCUUCGUAAAUCGUAAUUCCCAUUCCCAACCAUCUUCGUUUUCCAUUUCCACCCGCUACGUUCAGUUCACAAUUCAAUUCAGAUCUCUUUCCCCAAAAUCAAUGAUUUGGCGCUGAAUACAUCAUUAGAGUUAUUAGCUUAAUAUUCUCCAAAAUCUCUUUGCAUGAAAGCAAAUGGAAUUAGCAACUAUGAGAAUGAGAAAACCUUUGAUCUGGUGGAUUUGUCUUUUCUUCUUCGUCGCGUUUGUUCAAAUUCAAAUUACCAAUGCUUUUUAUCUUCCUGGAAGUUACAUGCACACUUACUCAAAUGGAGAUCCCAUAUAUGCCAAAGUUAAUUCAUUGACUUCUAUUGAAACUGAACUUCCAUUUAGCUACUACAGUCUCCCUUAUUGUCAGCCUCUCGGCGGCAUUAAGAAGAGUGCCGAGAAUCUUGGAGAGCUCCUUAUGGGAGAUCAGAUCGAUAAUUCUCCUUACCUUUUUCGGAUGAAUGUUAAUCAGUCAAUUUACCUUUGUACAACAACCUCAUUGAAGGAGCAUGAGGUCAAGUUAUUGAAACAGAGAACUCGCGAUCUUUAUCAAGUAAACAUGAUCCUUGAUAAUUUACCUGUUAUGAGAUUUGCCAAUCAAAAUGGGAUUAAGAUCCAGUGGACGGGGUACCCUAUUGGGUACACGCCGCCUGAUGGCAAUGCUGAUUAUAUUAUUAACCAUCUCAAAUUCACGGUCUUGGUACAUGAAUAUGAAGGAAAUGGUGUUGAGAUCAUUGGUACUGGGGAGGAAGGCAUGGGUGUUAUUGCUGAAACUGAUAAGAAUAAGGCAUCUGGAUAUGAAAUUGUUGGUUUUCAUGUUGUCCCUUGCAGUGUAAAACGUGAUCCUCAAGUCAUGACGAAGCUCCACAUGUAUGACAAUAUCUCUUCCAUAAACUGCCCCUCUGAGCUGGACAAGUAUCAACCGAUAAAAGAGCAAGAGAGGAUAUCAUUUACAUAUGAAGUUGAAUUUGUGAAAAGUGACAUAAGAUGGCCAUCUCGUUGGGAUGCUUAUUUAAAGAUGGAGGGUGCUCGAGUACAUUGGUUUUCAAUCCUCAAUUCACUUAUGGUGAUUUUUUUCUUAGCCGGAAUUGUUUUUGUCAUUUUCUUGAGAACAGUGAGAAGGGACUUGGCAAGGUAUGAGGAAUUGGACAAAGAGACACAAGCUCAAAUGAAUGAGGAGCUUUCUGGAUGGAAGCUUGUUGUGGGUGAUGUAUUUAGGGAGCCUUGUUGCUCAAAGCUCCUCUGUGUGAUGGUUGGAGAUGGGGUUCAGAUUCUUGGAAUGGCUGGUGUUACUAUUAUUUUCGCAGCCCUAGGUUUCAUGUCACCAGCAUCCCGAGGAAUGCUACUAACAGGGAUGAUACUUUUAUAUCUAUUCCUAGGAAUUGCUUCCGGAUAUGUAAGUGUACGUCUCUGGAGGACCAUUAAGGGAACUUCAGAAGGGUGGAGGUCAAUUUCCUGGUUUGCUGCAUGCUUUUUUCCCGGAAUCGCUUUUACAAUUCUAACAGCUCUUAAUUUUGUUCUCUGGGGAAGCAACAGUACUGGCGCCCUCCCGAUUUCCUUGUAUUUUGAGUUAUUCUUCCUCUGGUUCUGCAUUUCAGUGCCACUCACCCUCAUUGGAGGAUUUAUGGGGACAAAAGCUGAGCAAAUUGAAUAUCCUGUACGCACUAAUCAGAUUCCAAGAGAAAUUCCUGCACGUAAAUAUCCAUCAUGGCUUCUUGUUCUUGGUGCCGGAACUCUUCCAUUUGGAACCCUUUUCAUUGAGCUUUUCUUUAUCCUUUCUAGUAUCUGGCUUGGGAGGUUCUAUUAUGUAUUUGGUUUCUUGUUGGUUGUUCUUCUAUUGUUGACUAUUGUUUGUGCCGAAGUGUCAGUGGUCCUCACAUAUAUGCAUCUCUGUGUCGAAGAUUGGCGGUGGUGGUGGAAGGCAUUCUAUGCAUCGGGCUCUGUUGCUCUUUAUGUCUUUUUGUACUCCAUUAACUACUUGGUUUUCGACCUGCAGAGUUUGAGUGGACCUGUCUCUGCUGUACUUUAUCUCGGCUAUUCGCUGCUCAUGGCAAUUGCAAUCAUGCUGUCAACUGGAACUAUUGGCUUCCUUGUCUCGUUCUAUUUUGUGCAUUACUUGUUCUCAUCAGUAAAGAUAGAUUAAGGUUGAUUUAUUUGCUAUCUCUCAUCAACUGAACAAAAGACAUGCUAGAAGGGGAAUAUUCUCAAUUGAUAUAACUUUUGCUUAAUUCUUUUUGUAGCUCAAAUGCUUUGCGGCAUAUUGAGUAGGGAAAACAGAUUAUUUGCGUAUUGCAUUAAAUAGUUGUCAAAUGAUUUUAUAUUGCAAUGUAAUCUGUACUAUGUUCCCCUUCUAUCUGUCUUUUGUGAGUGGUUUAUUCAUUCAACUAGCUUUUUUAUACCAUUUUGUUUCAUGUGCUUUAGUUUAGUCAAGUUAUUUGAGGAAGUUGUAAUUGCUCAGACCGUCUCAUACCUUAUUCAUUUCAAUUCUGAUAACAAACAUUAAUCGGUUACUUCUAGAUUUAUGUUCUUCUGUGUGUAUAAUUUUGCUCCUCUUCAAGGAUAAGAAGAGUGACUUUUUAGUUGCCUGUAUUUUGCUACCUUAAUUAUAUUAUUAUUAUUGUUGAUUA